AUGGAAAAUCUAAACCAGACGAACGUCAAAGACUUUGAGCUGAUGGGAUUCGGUGUCUUGGAGAACUACAGUCCAUGUCUGUUUAUAGUAUUUUUUAUUAUCUACCUUUUCACCCUCAUUGGAAAUAUGUUGAUCGUUUUGGUGGUAUAUAAUGACAUCUACCUUCACACACCCAUGUAUUUCUUCAUCACAAAUCUGGCCUGUCUUGAGAUUUGGUAUGUAACUACAACAUCCCCCAAACUUUUGACUAUGUUGGUAACCAAAAACAAGAAGAUCUCAUUCUACUGGUGCUUUGCUCAGCUUUACAUGUUCCAUAGUUUGGGUAUCACAGAGUGUAAUCUCUUGGGUAUUAUGGCCAUUGACCGAUUUUUGGCCAUAUGUAAACCUCUUAGAUAUAACAACAUCAUGACUACCAGAGUCUGUAGAGACUUAAGCGUGAUGUGCUGGAGCAUUGGGUUUCUGAUGGCACUCAUUCCCAUGACUCUAACUUCCCAGGUUCCAUUUUGUGGACGAUAUUAUGUGAACCAUUAUUUCUGUGACUUAGCACCAUUACUCAGCCUUGCAUGUAGUGAUAUCACAGUUACUGUCAGCAUAAAUAGAUUUGUUGGUGGUUUUGCCACAAUGUUCAACCUUGCCAUUGUUGUUCUAAUGUACAUUAGUAUAAUAUAUUCUAUUAUGAAGAUAAAGACUAGUAGAGGACGGAAGAAGGCCUUCUCCACCUGCUCUUCACACUUGACAGUGGUGACACUAUUCUAUGGUGCUGCUUGUAUUGUGUAUGCUACUCCCAAAACAUCUCAUUCAGUGGAGUAUGACAAAUUAUUUGCCCUUGUAUAUGCUAUGUUUACUCCAUUCCUUAAUCCGAUCAUUUAUAGUCUGAGGAACCAGGAAGUGAAAUCUGGGCUGAGAAGAGGUCUACAGAGCCUAAACAGACAUAUCAAAGAAAGGUAA